AUGUGGGGAGGGGCCUUCAUGGUGGAGGAAGACUAUGUCCAGAUUACCCGAGAGAUUUCUCCAAAAGAGCUGUGCCAGGAACCUACAGCAGAGCUGUCAGGAGGUCUGAGGGAUACAGAGCCUACUCCAAGGAAACUGGGGCUCAUCCUGGUGGGGAAAUCGGGAAGUGGGAAGAGUGCGACAGGAAACAGCAUCCUUGGCAGGAAAGAAUUUGAGUCUAAACUCAGCAGCAGACCAGUGACCACAACCUUCCAGAGAGGCUGCCGAGAGUGGGCAGGGAUGGAACUGGAGGUGAUCGACACCCCCGACAUUUUGUCUCCUGGGGUCCAGCCAGGAGCGGCGGCUGCAGAGGUCUGUCAGGCCUGCACCUUCUCCUCCCUGAGGCCUCACGCGGUGCUCCUCGUGACACAGCUGGGCCGGUUCACCAGGGAGGACCAGCAGGUCGUCAGGCGCCUCCAGGAGGUCUUCGGAGCGGGGGUCCUGGCUUACACCGUCCUGGUGUUCACCCGGAAGGAAGACCUGGCGGGGGGCUCCUUGAAGGAAUAUGUGCGAGAGACCCACAACCGGAGCCUGGCCACGCUGGGUGUGCUGUGUGAGCAGCGCCACUGCGGCUUCAACAACAGGGCAGAGGGCCCGGAGCAGGAGGCCCAGCUGCAGGAGCUCAUGCAGCAAGUGGAAGGCAUCCAGUGGGAGAACGACGGCUGUCCUUACAAGCAGGCUUCCCAAUACCACCAGCAGAGCGCUGCUCAGAGAGGCACAGAAGGACUAAUGACCCCAGAGCAGGGUUCUCAGGAGGCGAUCAGCGAGGGGUCCCGGCUGGAAGUGCUUCCCAAGUGCAGAAAACACUGAGAAGACUGACAGGUGCCUCCUGAGGGCAGCCCCAUUUGAGCAAUGCUGGACGGGAGCAGGAGAUUUGCUCAGCCCUCCGUGCCCUGUGUCCAGCAGGGCUACUUGCUCUAUUCAUGGAGCACCGCCUGGUCCAGGUCACAGCAUCUGGUGGUUCUAGGUGGUGGAGCCUUGUUCCAUGGGAGCUGCUCAGAGCCCUCCCUCCUCUCCAUCCCAAAGCCCACUGUCCUCAUAGGGAACCCUCCAUCCCAUUAGCGUUUCCUGGGGGCCCUUGUCUGCACCCUAAUACAGCCAAAGCAUCUUGAGGGCAGGCUUGUUGCUCUUUGCCUUCGCAGGCUUCCUGGCCAUUGGAGUCGGUUAGCAUGGCCACCACCCAGUGUAGCUGUUGGCCUGGUGACUUCCAUCUCCUGGGUUUUGCUCUCGUGUCCAGCAGGGGUGGGUAGAAUGGCUGUUAAGUCACGGGCUGUGUGGAGGGAGGAAGGGACAGUGGCUCUGACACAUGGGGAGGGAUGGGCCUGGGUCCAGGGAGGAGAGUGAGCAGGAGCAGAGAGGGAGAAAGUUUCUCUUGGGCUCUAACAAGUGAAGUCAGGGUCAGAGUAUUGAGAAGCUGGCCUUGGGCAAGUGUGUGGGCCCUAGCCCUGGCUGCAGGGUGUGGUGGCCUGCGAGGGGCCAGGUGGGCAGAGUGGGCCAGCCCGACUCCCCCAAGGUGGGCUUAGACUGGGGGUUACAGGUUUCUUCCCUCUUCCCUCGGGUCCCAUGCCCUUCGUUAGCUCUGCCCUGUGCACUGGAGGCUGAAGGCAGUUUUCAGCCCUGUGCCCAGCUUCUCCCUUGACAGUGGGGAGGGUCUGCAGGUGAAGGGGCUCCCCAGCAAGGUGUCUGUGGUGGGUUGACUGGAGGGAAGCAGGGGAGAAAGGGAACCUGCAAAGGAAGGUGAAGGGUGCCCUAGACAUCUUGGGAGCACCGUCUGGUUAUAGGAGAACUCCCAAUGCACGGGUGUCUUCCUGGGUGAGCCCCCUCGAGGCUGUCCUGCACACAGGCUGUCAGGAGUGACAGCAGGCAUGCUGAGGAGGGAGGGGGAUGUUAGCCUGCCUCUGGCUUCUGAUAGGAAGCCCUUCAACCACCUAAGCAAGCAGAGGUGUCUCAGAGGCACCUCGAAUUCUUUGAGGCUCAAGGUAUUCCUGGGGGGUCUCACCAACUGAAGGGAAGCCACAAGGAAAAGAUCUCCCAACACAGUCCCCUUCUCCAUUCUUGGAGCCACGGGGCAGAGGGCUCUGGUGCCUUCCUCUGGAAGGGCGGGAAGUGGAGGUGCUGGUGACCCUGCUGAGGACCGUGGGAGGUCACAGACACAGCCUCAUCUGCCUGGUGGCUCCUCUGCUGGUGGAGGUCCUCACAGACCCCAGGACCUGCACCUACCACUCAGGCCUGCCUCCCCAGGCUCUCCCAGAGGGGCAGCCUCCAAGAAAGUGUAAAUGUGUCCUUGGCUCUUUCAGAGCAGAGCAGAGUCAUUUUGGUGGACGGUUGAGAGAGUCUUUGUGCCAGAGCAUUUGUUGACUCGGCCUUCCACUUCCUGGUGGACCUACUGUGCAGCACGUAUCACCGAUUCAGUUCUCACAGUUCCUAAGACUUCUGUCAAAGUUUUUAUUUCUGUCCACAUCUUCUACUUUUCCUAUUUGAAUAAAAUAUCGA